AAAAGGUCAUACUUCUACAAAUGUUUUAGGAGUAUGUUCACAAGACAUGCAAUUUAUAUAUGUACUUGCGGGUUGGGAAGGCUCAGCGGCAGAUGGUAGAGUGCUUCGAGAUGCUUUAAGUAGAAGAAAUGGGUUACCAAUACAAGAUGGUUACUACUAUUUAGUGGAUGCGGGUUACACAAAUGGCAAAGGCUUUCUUGCUCCUUUUAGAGGGCAAAGAUAUCAUCUUAGUGAAUGGAGGAAUGGGCGUCAACCAACAACUCCAGAAGAAUUUUUUAAUAUGAAGCACGCAUCAGCUAGAAAUGUUAUUGAGAGGUGCUUUGGUAUGCUAAAGAUGCGCUGGGGCAUUAUUAGGAAUCCAAAUUUUUAUCCAAUCAAGCAACAAGGAAGAAUUAUAAUGGCAUGUUGUCUUCUUCAAAAUCACAUUAGAGAACAUAUGCCAGUUGAUCCUAUUGAAAAUGAUUAUGGUGACAAUUUGCGAAAUGAAGAAGAGGCUAUUGGACUAGAUGGAGAAUCAAUUACUUCUGUUGAACCAACUCAAGAGUGGACAAAUUGGAGAUAUAAUUUAGCUAAUGAAAUGUUUAGUCAGUGGAUGGAAAGUAGACAUGUUGCUUGAUAUUAGUAUUUUAUUUUUUUCUUUCAUAAUAUCUGAAUUUACAAGUGGCAAUCUGACAUUUUGUGUUGAUUGAGGUUAUUAAUAUCUUUUUGUUGAUUUAUCCGAUAAAUUCUUUUAGCUUUCAGUUUGAUUUUUUUUUAUCUUUUAUAUCAUAACAUGUAUGUUAGUUUCUAGUAUAUUUGCUCAUGUUUGAUAUCAAGAAUCUCAGUAUCUUGCUUCUUUGGUGUUUUUUAUUUAUGUUUGAAGCUCAUUCAUAUAAGAGAAUUGUACAGUACUUGUUUCUAUCAAUUUUUCAGAUGGCUCGCCGAGGAAAGAGUAAUCAUGUAUGGACUAUUGAAGAAGAUGCAAAACUCGUAGAAUCCAUUGUUGAGUUGAAGAGGAGUAAGAAUUGGGAUGGUGAAAGUGGAAGUGGGUUGAGGAAAGGUUAUCAAAAGGAGUUGGAAAAAAUAUUACAAGAAAAGCUUCCAGGUAAUGGUCUUAAAGAAAAGCCACACAUCGAAUCUCGUUGUAAGUUACUGAAAAAACAAUAUCAUGCUAUCUAUGAUGUACGUGCUAAUGGAGAAUUGAGUGGCUUUGGCUGGGAUGAUGAAAGAAAAUGUGUUACUGCAAGUGCGGAUGUUUGGGAUGAUUAUUUGAAGAGCCAUCCAGAUUGUACUUUCAUGAAAAACAAGUCUUUCCCUUACUUUGAUCAACUAUCAAUUGUAUGGGGUAAAGAUAGAGCUGCUGGAUUACAUGCUGAAGUUCCAGUAGAUGUAGUCGAGGAAUUAGAUAGAGAAGAAAAUGUAGAUCAAGUAGAUGGAGAAUCUGGUGAAGAUGGUGUACCUUCAUUAACUACACCUCGCGACGAAGGAACUUCAAAAAGACUUGAUCGUAAGAGGAGAAGAAGUUCAGAUGGUUUCAUAUCAAGUUUGGAGCGAAUGACUAAUGUGCUUGCUGCGCAUAUGGAUAAGUCGAAUGAUCAAAUGAACAAGAUUCUGGAAAGUGUUACCGGAGGUGACAAAGAGAAAAAAGACAAUCGUCGUAUGCUUUAUGAGAAAUUGCAAGAGAUUGAAGCGUUAACUGAUUCUCAGAGACAAAAAGCUGCAAUGAAACUUGUUCGAGAUCCUGAUUUAUUAGAUUACUUUUUCACUCUUCAUGAUGAAGGGGCGAAAAAGAUGUUUCUAAUAGAACUAUUAGGAUGAAAUUACUUUUUUACGUUUUUGCUACCGGACUAGACUUCUUCAAUUUCAUG